CCCAGCGGCAGGAGAGGGCGAGGCUGAGCGGAAGCCAGGGCAGGAGGGGAGGGCGGCAGCCGGUCCUCCCCGCGAGCCGGAGAAUGCGGCAGGGGGCCGGGGGCCUGGGAGGCACUGACUCCCCGCGCCCCUGACGCGGCCACAGCCCCGGCCCCGGCGCCAGUCUCCCGCCCCGCGCAGCCCCGAGCUGUGCACAGGCGCCCGGAGAGCCGCGAGAGGCGCGCCGGGUGCCCAGCCCCAGAGCAGGUCCCUCUGCGGACCCGGGAAGGAGAGGGGACGGCGCCAGCGAGCGUUGCUUUUAAUUUUAGCGCCCUCGUCGUCAAUGCCUGUCUGAGCAGCCUGGAGGAAGAGUGCGAAAAGAGAGAGCGCGCGCCGAGGAGAGGAGAAAGGAAGAUGAGGAUUAUUUGCAGGCAGCUUGUCUUGUUAUUUUCUGGAUUCUGGGGACUCGCCAUGGGAGCCUUUCCGAGCAGCGUGCAAAUAGGUGGUCUCUUCAUCCGAAACACAGACCAGGAGUACACUGCUUUCCGAUUAGCGAUUUUUCUUCAUAACACCAGCCCCAAUGCGUCGGAAGCGCCUUUUAAUUUGGUACCUCAUGUGGACAACAUUGAGACAGCCAACAGUUUUGCUGUGACAAAUGCUUUCUGUUCCCAGUAUUCUAGAGGAGUAUUUGCCAUUUUUGGACUCUAUGAUAAGAGGUCAGUACACACCUUGACCUCAUUCUGCAGCGCCUUACACAUCUCCCUCAUCACACCAAGUUUCCCUACCGAGGGGGAGAGCCAGUUUGUGUUGCAGCUGAGGCCUUCCUUGCGAGGAGCACUCUUAAGUCUGCUGGAUCAUUAUGAAUGGAACUGUUUUGUCUUCCUGUAUGACACAGACAGGGGAUAUUCAAUACUUCAAGCUAUUAUGGAAAAAGCAGGACAAAAUGGUUGGCAUGUCAGCGCUAUAUGUGUGGAAAAUUUUAAUGAUGUCAGCUAUAGACAACUUCUAGAAGAACUGGAUAGAAGACAAGAGAAGAAAUUUGUCAUAGACUGUGAGAUAGAGAGGCUUCAAAACAUAUUAGAACAGAUUGUGAGUGUUGGAAAGCAUGUUAAAGGCUACCAUUAUAUCAUCGCAAACUUGGGAUUCAAGGAUAUUUCUCUUGAGAGAUUUAUACAUGGUGGAGCCAAUGUUACAGGAUUCCAGUUGGUGGAUUUUAAUACGCCGAUGGUAACCAAACUAAUGGAUCGCUGGAAGAAACUAGACCAGAGAGAGUAUCCAGGCUCUGAGACUCCUCCAAAGUACACAUCCGCUCUGACUUAUGAUGGAGUCCUGGUGAUGGCCGAAACUUUCCGAAGUCUUAGAAGGCAGAAAAUUGAUAUUUCAAGGAGAGGAAAUGCUGGGGACUGUCUGGCAAAUCCUGCUGCUCCAUGGGGCCAGGGAAUUGACAUGGAGAGGACACUCAAACAGGUUCGAAUUCAAGGGCUGACAGGGAAUGUGCAGUUUGACCACUACGGACGCAGGGUCAAUUACACAAUGGAUGUGUUUGAGUUAAAGAGCACGGGGCCGAGAAAGGUUGGUUACUGGAAUGACAUGGAUAAAUUAGUCUUGAUUCAAGAUGUACCAACUCUUGGCAAUGACACAGCAGCUAUUGAGAACAGAACAGUGGUUGUAACCACUAUUAUGGAAUCCCCAUAUGUUAUGUUCAAGAAAAAUCAUGAAAUGUUUGAAGGAAAUGACAAGUAUGAAGGAUACUGUGUAGACUUGGCAUCUGAAAUUGCAAAACACAUUGGUAUCAAGUAUAAAAUUGCCAUUGUCCCUGAUGGAAAAUAUGGAGCAAGGGAUGCAGACACAAAAAUCUGGAAUGGGAUGGUAGGAGAACUUGUUUAUGGGAAAGCAGAGAUUGCUAUUGCCCCUCUGACAAUCACUUUGGUCCGAGAGGAGGUCAUUGACUUCUCUAAGCCCUUCAUGAGUUUGGGCAUAUCUAUCAUGAUCAAAAAGCCUCAGAAAUCUAAACCAGGAGUGUUUUCCUUCUUGGAUCCUCUGGCCUAUGAGAUCUGGAUGUGCAUAGUCUUUGCCUACAUUGGUGUCAGCGUGGUCUUGUUCCUAGUUAGUAGGUUUAGUCCAUAUGAAUGGCACACAGAAGAGCCAGAGGAUGGAAAGGAAGGACCCAGCGACCAACCUCCCAAUGAGUUUGGCAUCUUUAACAGCCUCUGGUUCUCCCUGGGUGCUUUUAUGCAGCAAGGAUGUGACAUUUCACCCAGAUCCCUCUCAGGUCGAAUUGUUGGAGGUGUUUGGUGGUUCUUUACACUCAUCAUUAUAUCAUCUUACACUGCUAACCUCGCUGCUUUCCUGACGGUGGAGCGCAUGGUCUCCCCCAUAGAAAGUGCAGAAGAUCUGGCCAAACAAACAGAAAUUGCCUACGGAACACUGGAUUCAGGGUCAACAAAAGAAUUCUUCCGAAGAUCAAAAAUAGCAGUGUAUGAAAAGAUGUGGACCUACAUGCGAUCAGCAGAGCCGUCUGUGUUCACGAGGACUACCGCGGAGGGCGUAGCUCGAGUCCGCAAGUCCAAGGGCAAAUUUGCCUUUCUCCUGGAAUCCACUAUGAAUGAGUACAUCGAGCAGCGAAAGCCCUGUGACACGAUGAAAGUGGGAGGAAAUCUGGAUUCGAAAGGCUAUGGAGUAGCAACGCCCAAGGGUUCUUCAUUAAGAAAUGCUGUUAACCUCGCAGUUUUAAAACUGAAUGAACAAGGCCUCUUGGACAAAUUGAAAAACAAAUGGUGGUACGACAAAGGAGAAUGUGGCAGCGGGGGAGGUGACUCCAAGGACAAGACGAGUGCCUUGAGCCUGAGCAACGUAGCAGGCGUCUUCUACAUUCUGGUCGGCGGACUGGGCUUGGCAAUGCUGGUGGCUUUGAUAGAGUUCUGUUACAAGUCCAGGGCAGAAGCGAAGAGAAUGAAGCUGACCUUUUCUGAAGCCAUAAGAAACAAGGCCCGAUUAUCCAUCACGGGGAGUGUGGGGGAGAACGGCCGCGUCCUGACGCCCGACUGCCCGAAGGCCGUCCACGCUGGAACUGCAAUCAGACAGAGUUCGGGAUUGGCUGUCAUUGCAUCGGACCUACCAUAAAAACCAAAAAAAUAAUUGAGUGCCUUAAUUAAACUGUGUUGGUGACCGACGGGAACGCAGCCCGGGGAACAGGCCCGCGCGGUCCUGGCUGGCCCGACCCUUCGGCUGAGAGCGCCGGGCGGCGGCGGCAGCAGCAGCAGCAGCGACGUGUGCAUGAGCUCAGCUCCGGAACCCAAACUCCGAUUUUCUAUCAGGAAAACUCACCCCUUAGGUUUUCUCGGGACGUGGGUGGGGGGAGCUGGGACGGGCGUAUUAACAGCAACCAAUUUCACUCCAGCGGACUUAACAACUAAUCAGACUUGCGAGUUAGCGCAUCAACUCUGCGGCUCUUGCUCACAAGGGCCUCGGCCUUGGCAGCAAGGGAUGAGCUAGUUGUAGAAGUCAACCACCACGCUAACUGUCGCCCGAGCACCCAUCUAAUCAACCGAAGACUGUCCAGCUGAGAAAACACAUCACUAAACUGUGAUUUAAAAAAAAAACAUCAUAAACACACAUGUAAAUCCUGUGAGAGAAAAAAAAAAAUUAAAGGAAGUAUUUACAUUUACUUUGGAGAAAAAUACUGAACCAUGCUUGCUUUUUAAAUGAUGUAAAUUCAGUAGAGGACAAUACGAUUCUUUUUUCUAACCAUCUUAGGGAACAGUACAUUGCAAUAAUUGAUAUAAAUGCCAUCACUGUAAUAAACUCUAGAGACUUUUUUUUUUUAAAUAAAAGUUGUCGGUCAUCUUGUUUGCUGUAACCUUCACUUCGUCACAUGAACCGGUACCCACAGAUUGCAUUUGUCUCAAUACCCGGAACAAAAGGAAGACGACGUUAACAUAAAAUCGUCAGUCUGCAAUGUAGAACCAAGAGACUAGGGGUCACUCAUGGUAUCAAUACUGUUUAUACUCUUGUUCUGUGUACAAAAUUGUGGUUUUUGUACCCACUAAAAAGAAUAAAACAACAGGCAUUCUUACAGUAUCAACAAGGUUUUUUUCUCUUAUCGUUAUACAAGUUAUUUGAGAAAUUUUAAGACUGUAAAGUGUGGGCCAUAUUGGAAACUAUAGCUAGCCCUUCUAAUUUUUGCUUACUAAGCUAGCUUCCUUUACAGGUGGUUGCCUCGUCAGCAGGUUAAUGUCCAAGAUGGAGUGUUUGAAUUGGGAAAUGAAUCAUUGUCAAAAUAGCAACAAACCCUGUAAUUGUGUGUUGAAAUUUUACUUGACUGUAUUUUGCUGCAUAAAAUAAUGUCUCUUUGGGCUUCUCCCCCAUUCUCAUUAUUCCAUUUAAAUCAUUUGAAGGCACUGAUAAUAGUUUGUGGUAGACUACAAAUGAAGACUCAGCCCUUGUUUUCAACUGAAAAGUGUGAAGAAAUUAUAUCCAUGUUUAUUUACAAAUUCACCUUAUGUUGUGAAUGGAUUAACAUGGAUCCAAAGAAGGUUUGAAUCUUUUGAAAUAAUAAAUACGUAUUAUAAUACAGAUAAACAUCACAAUACUUAGAGAUCACAAUACUUGACCGAAAGCACAAGUUAGGAUUAUUUUGGAAGUCUGGCUUUGGGGGAUAAGUUGAGUUUUCAUAGGUGGAGAAGGUGCUAAAAGCCUUAGGGAUGAACAGUGCCCCAAAGCUGUGCAUGGCAAUGGCUUAAGGACUGGAUGCAACUGAAUGGACUGGAGAGAAUACAGGGGUGAUAUCCUGGAAAAAACGUUGGAAAACAUAAAGGAUUGAUUAUCUUGCCUCAGCGCUCAAGAUUCCUAUCCCCCUUUCAAUCUCUGUGCUGCAGUAAGAGCAAUUGGUAAAAGUUCAAAUUUGUUAACAACACACACACACACACACACACACACACACACACACACAGUUCCCUCAGGAAAAAUUCCAAGCUCUUGAGCAGAGCAAAUGAGACCCUUUAUGACCUGGUCCUUAUGUAUCUUUUCAUGACUUCUCUCAUCCCUACCCAACCUCUCCUUGCUGCAAAUGAACCUCAAAAGCAGCACAUGGGACACUGUAUUUACUACUUCUUCAGUCUAUAACUCUUUCCUAUCUCCUCUCUUCCUGACUAACUUGUACUCACCCUUCAGUACUCAAAUUUUACCUGCCCUGGGAAGAUUUCCAUCCACCAUCCCCUGCCUACGAGACUGAGUUAGGUGCCCUUUUAAUGUUUUCUCCCCAUCAAUGCACUUACCAUACUGCAUUGUAAUUGCCUGUGUACUUGUCUGUAUAACUACUAGACUGUAAGCUCCUUGAGGGCAGGGACUGUGUCUAUCUUGUUCACAGUUGUAUCCCCAGCACCCAGCACAGUGCCUGGCAUAUUGUAGGUGCUUAAUAAAAUAUUUGUUGAAUGAAUUGAAUUGAAUCUGAUUAAGUGGGAACAGAAAGAUA